CAUCGGGCCCCUCCCGGAGAUGCAGAGGGGGGUGCCCCCCGACGUGUCGUUCGAAGAGGUGGCCAUUUACUUCUCCCCCGAGGAGUGGGCAGAGCUCCUGCCCUGGCAGCGGGCGCUGUACCGAGAGGUCAUGGCUGACAACUACGACCUGGUGGCCAGUCUGGGCUCCGUGUCCGAGUUCACUGACAUGAAGGAGGAGUCACCCGGGGAGGUCCCCUGUGCUGGGGGGGACAGCAGAACUUCUGACGCCUCCAGCACCGUUGCCCAGGACGGUUCUGCCAGUGAGGAUGAUGACGGGGAACACUGGGAAUUGGGGUUCAGUGCCCCCCGCUCCGGCUGGAGCGACACCACCCCGGGGGGCUGCGCCGGGGACCCCCCUCGGGAGGAGCCGGGGCCGCCCCCGUGUGCCAGGCUGGGGUUGAGCUGCGGGGCCGAGCCGGGGGCUCCCCGGGCCGAGCCCCCCGCCCCGGGCCCGCCGUUCGUGUGCGGGACCUGCGGCAAAGCCUUCCGGCACCGCCGCAACCUCCUCACGCACAAGAGGCUGCGCGGGGGGAACCGGGCCCGGCACGGCUGCCCCGAGUGCGGCCGCGCCUUCUGCCUGCGCGGGGACCUGCUGCGGCACCGCGGCUCGCACCGGGGGCGGCCCGGCUGCCACCAGUGUCCCCAGUACCCUCAGUGUCUCCAGCGCCCCCAGUGCCCCCAGCGCCCCUCGGGCGCGGCGGGGCCGUGCGAGGACCGUCCCUUCGUGUGCGGGCGCUGCGGGCGCGGCUUCGCCUGGCGGGAGAGCCUGGAACUGCACGUGCGAGCCCACUCGCCCCCCGAGCGCGCCCACCCCUGCCCCGAGUGCGGCCGCGCCUUCCGCAGCCGCGGGCACCUCCGGCUGCACCGCCGGGCUCACUCCGGGCACCGGCCCUUCCCCUGCGCCCGCUGCGGCCGCGCCUUCGCCUCGCAGGCCAACCUGAGCACACACCGCAGGCUGCGCCGCCGCUGCCGCGACCCCCGAGCACAGGGGAACAGGGACCCCCGCGGGGAUGGAAACAGGGACCCUCGGGGUGACAGGGACCACCCUGGGGAUGGGAACAGGGACCCCCAGGGGAACAGGGACCCCCGCGGGGAUGGGAAC